UCAGACGAUUUUAUCUUCCAGCAAAAUGAAGAGCUUCAUUCUACUUGUCCUCAUAUUGAUUACAGGUUAUGAGGUCCAGAGUAAAAGGAAACAAUGCAACAAGUGGGUUAAAUUAACCUGCAAUAACAGAACAAGUGGAAAAUGUCACAUGCUUGAAGUAGAUGAUCACAAAUCAAGACCCCCACAACAGAUUCUUAAAGUGAUCAUGAAACAUGAUGGAAACAUAAGGAAAGAAUUAAACUCUUCCUCAAGUUUAAAUCAAGUCACAUUUGGAGUUGAAAAAGGCUGCCCUAAACCAUAUAUUCAAACAGCAUAUAGAACAGCUAAAACUACCGUCAGAUGUGAUCACAUGGACAUGUCCAUGGUUUGGUUUUUCUGCAAACAAAAUGAAAGCUGUGAGGACUUAAUAACAACAGCAUCCUCUCAAAAGUCAGAUGAGACGUUCACUCGCACAAAAACAGGAAGUGGUUUCAGUCUGUCCAUCAGCGAUGUGUCCUCACAUCAUGCUGGUUUGUACUGGUGUGGAGUGAAAGAAGGAGACAAAUAUCAAGUAUCUCUUACACAACUAAAAAUUAAAGAAAGUAUCACUAACUUCACAAAAUCACCAGCUGUUGGAGAGAACUUCACGUACUAUUGUAAAUAUCAUAAAGACUACAACUCUACAAAAUUCAUCUGUAAAGGAGAAGAUCCAUCUACAUGUCAGCAUCUUGUAAGCACAACAAAGCCUGAUAUGAGCGCAAAGUUUAACAUGAACGAUGAUACAGAGAACAAGAAAAUCACCAUAACAGUGAGAGAGGUGACAGCAGCCGACUCUGGGACAUACUGGUGUGGAGUAGAAAGCACUGAUGAACAACGCUGCAACACUUUCAUCCACAGAAUGAUCUUAAAUGUUGAUCGUGAGGUCCAGGGUAAAGGAAAGCAACCCAACAACAGGGUUGAAUUCAUCUGCAAUCCCAAAACAAGAGGACGAUGUCAAAUUCUUGAAGAAGCUGGUUUCAAAUCGGCAAACUCACAAAAUAAUUUCAAGGUGAUCAUCAAACAUGAUGAUAAAAUGAAGACAUCCAAGUGUACUGAAGGAUUUAACACGUACUCUGGCUUAUAUGAAGUAAAAAUUGAUGUUGCAUGUAAAACAGAUAAAACUACUAUCAAAUGUUCUCACAACGACAAGUUCAAGGUUUGGUGUUUCUGCAGAGACAAAGGAAAUUUUACCACUGAUGACUUUAUAACAAGAUCAACAUCCUCUCUAAAGUCAGACGAGACAUUCCCUCUCACAAAAACAGGAAGUGGUUUCAGUCUGUCCAUCAGUAACGUGUCCUCACGUCAUGCUGGUUUGUACUGGUGUGGAGUGAAAGAAGAUAAAAUAUAUUAUGUAUCCCUCACACAACAAAGGGUUAAGGAUAAUUUGACCAUAAGAUCACCACGAGCUGUUGAUGCUGCUGAUGAUGAUGGUGGUGACAGUGACGGUGACAGUAAGGAAGGUGAUGGUGGUGACAGUAACAGGGACGAUGACAAUGAUGAUGAUGAUGAUGAUGAUGAUGAACAACAAACCACAUCUGUAUCUCCUGUUCAUUCUACCAAGACAGCUACAGCAUCUACUGAGAAACAACAAACCACAUCUGUAUCUCCUGUUCAUUCUACCAAGACAGCUACAGCAUCUACUGAGAUAACAUCAUUACCUACGUCAGCUACUCCAUCUGUCAACUUAUUCAUUACACCUGCUGAGAGAACAAUUGGUGGUUCUGGGAUAGCAAGCCUUCUGAUUGUUGGUGCAGUUUUGUUGAUGCUGCUGUUGGUGAUGGCUUCCAUUCUUUCCAAGAAACGAUUUUCCAUUUCAAAAAACAGAGCAGCAGAGCAGCAUCCACAAGAGGUUCCCGUCUAUGAAGAGAUAGAGAAUAACAUCCUGAAACCGGAACCUGUAAAGGCACUGACUACCACCUACGUCACCUUACAGAUGCCACAAUGCACAGCUGGCUCGCUGCAUGACUCUCCUAUAAAUGUUCAAAGCAGCUCAACUGAUGUCGAGGCUGUGAUCCCUGUACCCAAGGAUGUAAAUCAGCCUUCUAGGCUUACAAAUGAACCUUUCUACUUAAUGGCCUGGGAGUCAUAGCAGAAAUGAAAAGAUCUGCUUGAUCAAUAUUUUAAAGUCCAUCCUAGAUAUGAAUAAUUGCAGCAAUCCAUUAGAUCCAAAGACACAUAACUCACUUACUGUACUUGUAAUGAGCAAUGCGAUGCUUAUCUGCCCUGAUUACAUGUGCUCUUAAAUUUUAGUAGCUAUUUAAGGUCAGCUGAUUUGGUAUAUCACCAAGGUCAAUGAAACGGACUAAUUUUAUAUAAAACUACACGUGUUUUAUAUUUUUAUGUUUUACAUGAAAAUACUGAAUUUUUCCUGUUCUGACAAUCUAUUUCAAGUUAUUUGCCUCAUGUCCCUUUUGUGUUACACAAACACAAAUACACAAAUUUGUUUUGAGAGUAGAUAAAAAAAAGUUUUUUGUUUUUUUUUUAAGUCCAGCAUGUUAAAAAUUUAAAGGUCAAUGACAAUUAAUUAUUUUACAGCUACUUUUUUUCUUUUUGCUGAAGUAAGUUAUUCAUUGAAUCUAAGACUUAUUGGUGCAGGACUAAAAGCUGUAUGAAAUUAUCUGUUGUGUUUCUGUACAGGUGUACCCGUAUGUUUGUUUGGUGUUAGGUUGGACUGAAGGGCUGUUGCCUUCUAUCUACUGUAUCUUUGUCUCUU